AUGGGAAAUCGUCAACCCGACGGUGUAUUUCAUGGGAGAAUAUACCUUGGUCCCGUUUUCCGACGACCCCUGCCGCCGACGACCUCCAAGGCUAAGCCGUUCAAAUACACCGGCCAACCAGCGGACAUAGCCUUGAUUGAACAGAUCGCCAAGCUCCUGGGGCAGAACAAGAUUCCCUGCCAUGUGAUCAAUGACGGUAUGUGGCGGCACUUUGGCUGCCAGAAUCCUAUCAACUCCCUCGACCUCGUCAUCCCGCGGUCCCUGCAGGAGCAGGCGGUCCAGGUCUUGCGCAAGGCCAACUUCGACGAUGGCUGCCGCCUUAUUGAGAAGAUCUGUCUUUGGAAGGACCAGGAAUACAACUACGAAGCAGCCCCGUCCCCGGGGGAAGAGCUCCAUGUGGAUCUCAACCUGUUCAGCCACGAGGACUGGUUCCCGACCGUGGAGCUUCCGGCCUGUGGUCCGCUGGCCGAAGAUGAUGAGACCUACCUGGUCUCGACCGAUACGCGUCUCGCCUCGUGCGAGCAGGCCACCUACGAGGUCAAGAUGUUCCAGCCGGCGCGGAUGGUGGAAGGCCUAAUCCGCCUCGCCUUCCGCGACUAUUACCUGUACGGGCCCCAGCAUCUGGAUUACAUCUCAUUGUCCGACAGCUGCAUGUGGGUGGAGCAACUCUCCAAUAUUUUCUCCUCGUUGAUCCCGGAGAAAGAAGAGGACGGUACUGCUACUGCUGCUGCUGCUGCUGCUGAGGAGCCCCGCAGCGGGGCCCCGCCUCCCUGGGCCCGUGCUCGCGUGAACAAAGCCUUCACCAAGGCGCCUGAGCUCACCCUGAGGGGUCUUGAUCCUCGAUGGCUUCGCCUCGAAAAUUUCCAUGGACCGUGGUUCUACUACUUACAGAUGACCAAUAUGAUAAAGGAUGGCGGGGUAUACCCGACUCCACAAAGGAUACUGGACCUCCAUAUCUUCCGAAGAGCCUUCCAGGUGUGUAGUUGCUACCAUAUAUUGGGCACUCUCGCCUGGGUCCUUGAACCUAAUGGCGUCUUUCCGGAAGACAUCAGUCCCUUCCCGAUGAAGAGUAUUCUGGCUUGGCAGAGUUUGACUGAUCGCUUCCCGCACCUGAAGGAGAAGAGCGACCAAGCCCGGGGACCAGACGAGUGGCUGACUCCCCAGGACUACAAGAAUGCCAUCCGCUGGCGCAGGCGCGAUUACACAUGGAAUCUGGAUGGCAGCCAGCCCAGAUACGAACCUCGCCUUGCGGCAGCAGGUAACACCUAG